AAUCCUCAAUGAGUAGCCUGAUAGGGACAUAAUAAUCUUGUGUUUAUUAUUUACACGAUUAUUUACGUUUUCACGAUUGCAAAGAUUAUAAAAUUGAAUUUUGAGGAUUUGCGGUGUCACAGUAUCGUGAUAUUACAAUUGUCUACGGUGUGUUUCGAUAUCCUACGUUAUCUACAUGAGAGCAAAAUGUCAGACGAGAUAAAAGCUUUGCUGAAGGAAGCUCGGGAAUCCUUCAAGCGGAAUGAACAUCUGGAAGCUAUGAAAAAAUGCAAGAAGGUUUUGAAGAAGGAUAAAAACAAUUACACGGCAUUAGUUUUGUUAGCACGAGCCAUGCAAGAGGUGGAGGAAUUUAAAUCACAGGUGGUCUUGGUUCUCCAAAAAGCCACGGAGAUUCAACCAAACAAUCCAUUGGCUUGGCAGGGUUUAGUGGUGUACUAUGAGAAAGCAUCACAGGACGAUAACAAUUGGAGAAAGUUGGCUACAGCUUACUGCAAACUUUUACAGUUGGACAGUGAUUCUCCCAAAUUCACGCAUUUUAUAAAUAAGGUUUCUGAGAUCGUUCUGCGGAUUAAGGACGACGAGGUACUGUCAGAAGUGUUGACCACACUGAGCACGCUACGGGAAGUUUCUGCUGAGGAAAGGACGAGCUUGAUCGAUAAGACACUGGCUUGGGUUUUAACAGAGUAUCCCAGUAGUGGUGUCAAAAACCAUCAGGAGCUCUAUGAAGACAUAUUGGCGUCCGUUAUAAAAGAUACAGACCUAAUGAAUAGGCAAGAGUAUUACAGAAGGUAUCUGAAAGCGCUGUACGAUUCAAAUAAAUACACAGUUUUGUUAACAGCGGCUGAGGACAUGCACGCUCAGUUUCCACAGGAUGCUCAGUCCCUAGAAUGGAUCUGCCGUGUCUAUUACGAGGAAGCUAUACUAAAUGGACACGAGCUCGGAGUAAACGUAACAUACUUUUACGAGUCUCUCUUGAAGCUGAUCGCGAACUCCGAGAUCGCGUUGAUCGCGAAAGCGGCUUAUUUUAAGAGUGCAAAUGAGUUAAUCAGCUCACGGGAGUGCUUGAAUCAAGUGAUCGCGGUAAAUGUGCGGUCAUUUUACGCUUGGUUAACGUUGAGCCAAGUGUAUUGCAAGCUCUACUGCUGGGAGGAGGCCGAGAAUGCUUCUAGACAAGCGCUGCAAUUAAUGAAGUCCAAUUUGAAAGAGAAAUUGUGUCGCAGAGUUAAAUUGAGAUUACUCGAGGCGAUGAGCCGAAGCGGUAGUAAACAAAAGUUGCUACAAGCGCGACAGAUGUGUGAAGAGUUAUUGAACAUCGAAUCUUCCGUACAAUUGCAAGUGAUAAAUGUGCGAGUAAACGUAUCGCUGGACGAGCCCGACGCUGUCGCCGCAUUAAGCGUCUUGGAGUCUCAGGAUGAGACCAAAAUCCAGGCGUUUAUUCUCAAAGCAUUGCAUCUAAUGAAACGCGAGCAAUACGAGGAAGCUAUUAACGCCCUCGAGUUGGCGCUAGAGAGCUCUGAAGCCUGGCUGUUGUUCGGUAAAAUUUAUUGGCACAUGGGAGACUACAAUCACAGCCUGAUGGCAUUUCUAAAUGGCUUCCGGGCGGAUCGCAAUAAUUGGGAGUGCAUGAUUUACCUGGGCCACUAUUACCGCGAGCAUGGCAACGACAUAGAACGUUCGAGGAGGUGUUACCACGCCGCGUUGCAGAUCAAUCCGAAUUCCGAGGAGGCUGGCAUCGGAUUGAGCACAGCUUAUCGUCUUCUCAAGAACACCGAGGCUAACAUGCAGCUAUUGCAAAGGGUAACCAUGCAGAGUACCGGGCCGAAGUGGGCCUGGCUGCAAUUGGGCCUACAUCACUUGGAUCAAGGCGAUGCGGGACAGGCCAUCAAAGCGUUACAGCACGUGAUCAGAACCGAUCCUAACGACAAUCACAGUUGGGAAUCUCUGGCGGACGCGUACUUAGUGGGCGGCGCUCACGUGUCGGCACUGAAAUCGUAUCAACGCGCGCUACAGCUAAGCCCAGGAUCCCUCUAUCCGAUAAUACAACUUGCAAAUAUCAAACUUCUCAUCGGCCAACACAAGGAAGCCAGGGAGGAUUUCGAGAACAUAUUGGAAAACGAUAAGCAAUACAUCCCCGCGCUGAAAGGCUUGGCCCAAGCGUGUUUGGGUCUGGCGAGGGAGAACAUUUCGAGACAGCUUCUGUGUCGCGGCCGAGAUAAUCUGCAACGAGCAGCCGACAGCCUCACGGACGCCGUUAUGAUACGCUCUGAUCUGUCUUGCAAUUGGAAACUGCUCGGCGACGUGUGCUAUAAAGUAGCCACUAUGCCAGAGAAGUAUCGUUACUUGAGAGUCAAGCCGAUUUUAAUGAAACGCGACAGCGCGGAAAACUAUGUGAGCAUUAAAGGGGAUGAAAUACUGAUGUUAUCGGCGAGAUGCUUCUGUCGGGCGCUCUCGAUCACGCAGAAUUCCGCGUUGUUGUGGCACGACUUAGCGUCCUGUUACUACGUGCAGCUGCAUCGCGAUUCCGCGCUCGACAAGAAUGACGCAGCGGCCAAGUGUCUCGCCGCUGCGAAACACGCCGUGAAACUGUCCCCGCAAUCUUGGCUGCAUUGGAACAUCCUGGGCGUGAUCUGCAUGUCGUCCCACGUCAAAAAUUACGCCUUGGCUCAGCACUGUUUCGUUAUGGCGAUCGACAGGGAGGCGAACAACGCGGUAGCGUGGAGUAAUCUGGGAACACUGUAUCUGCACUUGGGAGAUCUGUACAAGGGGAAUGAGGCAUUUUCUCGAGCCCAACGCGCGGAUCCCAGUUACAUGAGCAGCUGGAUCGGUCAAGGAUUAAUCGCCGAGAUAUCUUAUAGGAGGGAAGCGAUGGAACUGUUUCGGCACUCGACGCUACUGGGCUACCAUAAUCAAGCGGCUCUAGCCUACGCUCACUGGGUACUUACCACUCUUCUGAACCCUGCGUUCAAAAGAGACCCGUUGUGUGUUUACUUCAUCGAGAAGAUGCACGCGAUAGAUGCAGCGGUUGAUGUCCUCACUUGGUACACAGAACACGAGCCGAAGGAUAUUUACGCUCUGAACACCUACGGUUUGUUGCUGGAACGACAGAAAUUGUACAACACAGCAGUCAAGCAGUUCGCCGCGGCUUUAGAGCUCAGCGAGGAUAAGGAGAGAGACAUGAUAUCCGUGAACCUGGCACGUGUUCUGAUACAAGUCGGGAAGCAUGAGGAGGCGGUAGAGUUGUGCAGACAAGUAAAAUCAGCGAGUUUCAACUGCCAGUGUCACCUGGCACUAGCCUUGUUCAAAGCGAAAGAGUACGAAGAAUCGUACAACGCGUACGAAGCGGCAUUACACUGGCUGGCGGUCACCGGAGCGCACAAGGGGAGCGUCCUGUGCGCGAUGGCUGCGAUUGCCCACAUGUUCCAAGGGGCAGACGCGGUGAAGACCCUGCUGUUCCAGUGUAUACAGAUAGAACCGCCGACCGUGGCCGGGCUCUUGGCCACUGCCGCGUUAGGCAUCUUGCACGAUGAUGCCAAUCUGACGUCGUUGGUACUGAAGGAACUGAAACCGUACGAGAAUCAUCACGAGUACGGCCAUCACGCCGUCACGUUGUCCGCGUAUCAUCGCGUCACUCGGGGAGAUCUCGUCGAGGCCAUUCGAACCUUCACCAAAGCUAUUAUGCGACGUCCAGAUGACAUCAGACACUGGAUACGUCUCGUUAGGAUUUCCUUGCUGAAUCCAAACCUGGAUAUCUUCCGGAAAUGCGCACGGACGGCACUGGUCCUAAGUAGGAACACGUCCAUGACCGAUAUCGUGUACGUCGCUUGCGCCUCAGCGUACAGCCACUUCGGCACGACGGAGGGACUCAGACAGGCUCAGAAAAAUAUAUUUACAUAUCCUGCCAACGUUGAGAGCUGGGGCAGUUUUAUCGCUGCCGUUCUACCUAGAUGCGCGAAGGAGGAUCCUAAGCUUGAUAACCAAUGGUUAUUAUCGUUAAUAUCUACAGUACGAUCGCAGUUUCAAACUUCCAGACACAUGUCAGACUGGUUGCUGCGUAACGCGCAAGAGAUUGCGGCUCGCAGCUCGUAAACACGAGAAGUUUAUUCCAAAAGUAUGUAUAAUUUUUUGUAUUGUACAAUUGUAUAAUAAAUAUAAGUUAAAAAGUCAA